GAGAAACGGGGGAUACACCAGAACUAUUAAGACUGCAAGGGCAGUUUUAGUCACCUUUGCUAUUCUAUUUUUGAGCGAAACAAAUUAAUAAAAUAACCAUAAGGUGCCUGAAAAAAGGUUUGAGAUUCAGCCAUUCGGUGAUAUCGCGAUAUUAGACGGGACCGCUGCUCGCCACCCUCCCCCAUAUUGCCAGAUAACACACUUUUAGAAGUGUAAAAUGUACAUACACUGCAUCAUUUGUUUUUAACACACCGUAUUUCAUAAAGCCUGAAACUAGAGAGACGCGUAGAGAGUGUACCACGGGUGCCCCACACCCUCACUAGGGAUCUUUGUGUAACAACAUCGUAGCCCGUUCAAAAUAGUUAAUUAUAUUAGACUUGAAGAAAUAUCAUGAACAAAUACAACUCGGAUGUCCCCCUUCGUCUAAUGACGUCAGAUCCUAUCCCACAAUGCCUAGUAACACGCAGGCGCACUGUAAAAAAAUAAAAAAAUAAGACAGCUAACUGAUCAGAGAUGGCGGGCGCCUCCGACCCCCUGGAAGAUAUGCUGUUUUCAGAGGUGGACGAAAAAGCCGUGAGCGACCUAGUGGGUUCACUGGAGUCCCAGCUCGCCGGACAAAGCAACCUAGCAGGCAAAGCAGACGAGAACGGAGGCGCUGGCUCACCGGCCCCCGCUAACCAUCACUUAGGGAAAACGCUACCAGCUCCAGUGGGUACAACAACACUAGAACAACAACAACAACAAGGACGGUGUAAUAAACCCGACAUGCGCCAGGAGAUCAACUCAAAGGACGCCAGCCCGACUAAAACUGUCACGUCUCCUUCCUCGGACUCCACCGCUUUUUUCGACGAGCCGCCCGCCGCCUCGGCAACCCGCGCGAAAACCACGAGCACCAGCAGCUCACAAUCACAUGGAGCAUCCAUCACAACACUGACUGGGUCUGGCGCGACAACUUUGACGGCGUCCGCGCCGAACAACAUCAGCACCGCAUCCGGCCGGGGGUCUGAGGUCAGCCCGGGCUCGUGCGGGACGUCGGCGGAGGAAGCUAGCCCGCCGAGGAAACGCAUGAGCACGCCGCGAAGGAGCGCCUCGGCUCGGAUAAAGAGUUUGAACGGUGCGACGGUGACGACGACGACGAGGAUCAGCAACACCGCGGUGGCUGAGAGCGCGAGCUCGCUGGACGCCGGCGCGACGACGCCGAACUCCGCUCGACCCGCGACGUCCUCGAUCAACAGCUCGACGUUCACCCUCUCGAACGCCGCGGGUCAGUCGGCUGUCGCUCUGGACCGGGGGACUCCCACCAUUGCGCUGCACAGACUCCCGAGCCACAUUGUCGCGAGCAUAGCCCACAACGGCAGCGGGACCAGUGUUUCGGCCUUGGUCCAGCAGGGCGCUGGCGCAGGAGCCACUUCCACCGCCACCACCGCCACCACCGCCACCACCACCUGCCCCUCGGCCUCACAGGGGAACCACAGCUCCCGGUCCUCCAAAAUAGACGACUGUCAGUCCAACAUUGUAAUGUCAAGCCAGUCUGCUAGUGUAAACUCCGUAAUAAACACUGUCUCCGCCGUUGUCACGACAACAACCACCACAACCGCAGCAGCCACAACGUCCACAGCGGUGACCCAGCCUUCGAGCUCCGCUCCGGCCGCCGCUUGUGUCGCAGCGGUGGCAGCGAGUACCGCGUGCGGAACCGGUCCAACCGCGUCGGUGACGACCGCUGUCAGCAUGGUCAGGCCCACGCUGCCCUCCCCAACGCCCGCCGCGGCCACCGCCGCGCAGACUCAACCCCUUCCCGGCCUCGCAGCGCCUCCGAGGAUCGUAGCCCCUCAACUGAUCGUCAGACCGCCUCAGCAGCAGACGACCAUUCAGCUGCCCCCGGGGUUCACCAUCCCACCGGGGAUGGUGCUGGUGCGCACAGAGCUGGGCCAGCUAGUGAUGGUUCCUCAGCAGGCUCUGGCCCAGGCCCAGGCCCAGGCUCAGGCCCAGGCCCAGAACAACAUCUCUCCAAGGCCUGCCACCCCGACAACAGGAACUUCCUUCAAAGUAACAACGCCUCAGUCUCCCGUGACCUCUCAGACCACCAGGCAGUGCCCUUUGACCUCGGCCAAGAUGGUACCGUCUCCAUCUCCCACGCCGUCUAGCCCGGCCCUGCAGACCUCCUCCUCCUCUUCUUCUUCUUCUUGCUCCUGUCCUGCUCUCCGCCCAAAGGUCCCUGCGGCGCCGAUCGUGGCAGUGGCGGCUCCGCAGCAGACCCCCGUGGUGGCGGCGGCCCCCCAAGCCCCGGCCCAGGCGGCCUCCCAGCCGACGCAGCCUCCUCAGAUGGGCAUCGCCUCGAACCCCGGAGGUCCCAUCGUGUCCCAGGAAAUGCAGGAGAAUGUCAAGAAGUGCAAGAACUUCCUGGCCACGCUCAUUAAGCUGGCGUCCCACAACUCUCCGUCCCCCGAGACCUCCAAGAACGUCAAGUCUCUGGUUCAGGACUUGCUGGAUGCCAAGAUUGAUCCGGAGGAGUUUACCAGCCGGCUGCAGACUGAGCUCAAGUCGUCUCCACAGCCGUACCUGGUGCCCUUUCUCAAGAAGAGCCUCCCGGCCCUGAGGCUGUCCCUGCUGAGCAGUCAGCACUCCGUGACCCCGCAGCAGGGAGUCAAACCGGCGCCCGCCGCCCCCCCUCCCGUCUUCGCGGCCGGGCCAGCUGUCCGCGUGCGCCACCCCAACAGCGUCAGCUUCACGACGGGUGCCGGCGCGCUGCCCGCCGGGACGCCAGGACAUGCAGCUGGCGUGGGUAUCAAGACGGUAGGCAACGUCGGGGGCCAUGUCCGGAUGCCCGUGGUGAUCACGCAGUCCAUCAGAACGCCAGGCACAAUGGGGAAGGGAGGCCUCAUCCAAGCGGGCAGAAGUCCCGUGGGCCUGGCUGCUGUUCAGAUCUCUGGGUAUCAGAAAAACAAGCUCAACGACCCCGGAGGAGGUUCUUUCAGGGACGAUGACGACAUCAACGACGUGGCCUCCAUGGCCGGGGUGAACCUGAACGAGGAGAGCGCGAGAAUACUCGCCACCAACUCUGAGCUAGUGGGAACGCAUAUUCGCUCAUGCAAAGAUGAGGCCUUUCUCCACACGGGCCUGCUCCAUCGGCGAAUUCUGGAAACGGCCAAGAAGUUCGGGGUCACAGAGGUCCCAAUGGAGGCGGUGAUGUUCAUCUCACACGCCGCACAGUCACGACUUCGAACCGUGGUAGAAAAGGUUACGACCAUCGCGCAGCACCGACUGGACUCCUGCAAAGAAGACGAGUGCUACGAGCAGUCGGCAGAGGUUCGCUCCCAGCUGCGCUUCUUCGAGCAGCUGGAGAGGAUGGAGAAGCAGAGGAAGGACGAGCAGGAGAGGGAGAUCCUGUUGAAGGCCGCGAAAAGUCGCUCCAGGCAAGAGGACCCAGAGCAAGCUCGGCUGAAACAGAAAGCCAAGGAGAUGCAGCAACAGGAACUGGCUCAGGUCAGGCAGCGGGAGGCCAACUUCACAGCACUAGCCGCCAUUGGACCCCGCAAGAAGUGCAAAGUGGAUUCACCGGGGACAACCCCAUCAGGGACCGAGGUUUCGGGCAGCACGGCGGGCUCCCCGUCCAGCUCCUCCAGCCCGUCCAGCUCAUCGCGGCAGUACGCGCGGCAGCGCGUCACCCGCGUCAACCUCAGGGACUUAAUUUUCUACAUGGAGCAGGAGAGAGAGACCGCCCACUCCCUCCUCCUCUACCGCGCCCUGCUCAAGUAGCCUCCGCUCAGCGCCCGACCUCAGCCUCCUCUUCCUCCUUCCCUGCCACGUGCCUUCAGAUCAGGUCUAAUGUUUAUGUUCUGUGUCUCCAUAUGUACUGUAGUGACGCUUGACUUAUCUUUUGAAUAAGAAGGGAUUUUGAGAGAGAGAAAGGAAAAAAUGGAAGCGCCGUUCCGCGUCUUCUGCGUUUUGGAGGAAGCUCGUUGAGUUCAUCGGCCAUAUCGGAUUCGUUGUGUUGGAAGGGGAUUGUGUCCGAGGAACAACGUGGUUGUCGUGACCGGGUGUGUCGGGCAUCUAUUUAUUCGACGCGCUUGUCAGUUUAGCUUCAAUGAACAAACCUCAAAGCGAGAGGCCUGUGGACGCGGGUCCUCCGCGAGCUCUUUGCUGAACGAGUUCAAUGAAUGUCGUUUUAGCUCAAUGAGCGGUUUCUGCACCGAGACGUCGUUGUGAGACAUUACGAUUCCAAAUAACAGCAUCACGAUCAAUGUCCCCACACACACACACACACACACACACUAUGUGUAAAUAGUUCUUAUUGAAUUAUUUCACAGCAUGUAUAUUUUAAUCACGCGUAAGCUCUGAAUCACCCACGGCGUCACUGCGAUGUUUUUAAGGCCGCGUGAUUCGAAUGAGUCCGAAUUAGACGGUUUAUUCUAUUCACCUGUAUUUGUUGGCGUCCCUGUGACCUUUCUCUGCGAAGGUCACAACAAACUAAAUCACGAAACCAGUUUCUGAUUGGUCACCAGUAUUUCGUUCUUUUCUUUUUUACCCACGCAUAAUGUGAACAUUGUUGUUGUGACUAGAUGUUUGUACGUCGCGUACUGUCGCGCUCACCCCUUCAAAAAACAUCCGCGGUAGGUUGUGUUUGAUACUGGGGGUGGGGGUGGGGGGGAGGGGGUGAAACCUCGGGUUGAACCAGACAUUCCUUCGUCUUUUCACUCUCGCUGUCCAAUCUGCACAUAACAAAACUAUUUCAGCUGUUUUCAGUUGAGCUGUGCGGGCCCCGGAGCCCCCGUUAGCCCCCUAACCUACUUUGGUAAUGACUGAAUGAUAAAAAGCACUUACCUGUUUGUAUUAUCGCCCACAAAUUGAAUAUCUCGGCUGUAACGUCAUGUUUAACUGGAGAAGGAAGCCGUUGAUUUGAGACGAAAGUAGAUCUGGCAUUUUGUUUCCGUCUUUGUAUGGAGAGAAGGAUAGGAGACACAACGCCUGCUCUUUACCUGUGUUUUUACAAAUCCUAAUUGUAUUAUGUAAGACUGUCCUUUAUGUAUUUUUGUUUGUCUUUUUUCUAUCUACCUAAUAUCUUGGCCUCUAUGCAGCUUUUCUUGUCAUAAUAAAAUGUAUUUAAAUAUUGGUGACAUUUGAAACAACUGUUGUGCAUUGUAUAUUGUGACAGCAACUUUUUUUACAUCUAUUUUACCUGACGACUGAAAUCUGUCACUGUAUUAUAGUAAAGAAAGGACUCUUUUUAGUAGUAAACGAUAUUGCCGACUUCCUGUCGAAAGACAGUUAUUUUUGACAAUUACUAUAUUUUUCUUUUUUCUUUUGGGAUUGGCCUUUAUGCUUAACACAUUUUCCUACAUUUUAUCUCCAAAACACCCUGUUUUAAAAACAAGCACAACAAUUGAUUUUAUUAGUGAUUUUUUAUGGUUUCAGAGGACAUUUCUACUACUACUACUACUACAGCUUUUUAGCCAAAAUAUGAGGACAAUAUUACUGAUGUAAACAGAUAGGGGAAAUGGCAUUUAAAUUUAAGGGUGAUUUGUAAAUAUUGUUUACAAAACUAUGUGUUUAUUAGAUUCACGUUAUUUUUGGUAAACUCUUGUACAUAUUCUGAAAAUGUCCCGUUUGUGUGAGAGAGAAAAAACAAUACUUGUGUAUUUGUACCUAUUUUGUAAAGGAAUAAAUACGCUGUUUACUAAACCGA